AUGGAGACUUUGUAUUGUGUCCCGUUCUUAGUGCUCGAAUGUCCCAACCUGAAGCUAAAGAAACCGCCCUGGCUGCACAUGGCGUUGGCCUUGACUGUGUAUGCUUUGGUGGUGGUGUCUUGCUUUCUCAUCACCAGAGGAAUAAUUUGUGACAUUAUUGCUGAACCUCCAAAUUUUGGCCCUAUGACUGAUGAACAUGUGUAUCAGAGGCCAGUAGCUUUCUUGGCCUACAGAGUAAAUGGACAAUAUAUUAUGGAAGGACUUGCAUCCAGCUUCCUGUUUACAAUGGGAGGUUUAGGUUUCAUAAUCCUGGACCGAUUUAAUGUAUCAAAUAUCCCAAAACACAAUAGAUUUUUUCUUCUAUUCAUUGGAUUCAUCUGUGUCCUGUUGAGUUUUUUUGUGUUGUUGUUGUGGUUUGGUUUUGUUUUGUUUUGUUUUUUUUGAGAUGGAGUCU